GAUUUGGCGCGAAUUGUAAUGACUGAGAGGGAGCUUGCUGAUGAUGCGCAGUGGAAGCUUAUACAAAAGAACACUUUCACUCGUUGGGUCAAUGAGCAUCUUAAAAAGGCAGAAAUGCACAUAGACGACCUCGCUGAGGACUUAUCUGACGGGAUACGCUUAGUUGCACUAAUAGAAGUCUUGACAAACCAAAAAUUCCGGCAGAUAAACAAAAAUCCAGUGUUUAGAACGCAGAAGCUUGAUAACGUUACUAAGGUGCUGAAGUACCUGGAAGAAAAUGAGAAACUAAAGUUGGUUAGCAUCGACAGUAGCCACAUUGUUGACUGCAAUUUGAAGCUCAUUCUUGGAUUAAUAUGGACCCUUAUUAUGCAUUUCUCAAUUUCUCUGCCAACUUGGGAUGACGAAAAGCAGAAGCCACAGGAUGACAAAGGACCGAAACAACGACUUCAGAGUUGGUUGGUCCAAAAAAUGCCCGAACCCCCGGUUCGGAACUUUACCACAGAUUGGAAUAAUGGCAUUGCAGUCGGCGCCCUAGUUGAUGCAUGUGCACCGGGUCUCUGUCCAGACUGGCCGGAUUGGGACAAACGACAGGCACUUCGGAAUGCAACAGAAGCCAUGACGGCUGCCGAGGACUGGCUGAGCGUACCCCAGUUGAUUCGACCGGAAGAGCUUAUCAACCCAAAUGUUGACGAAAAAGCAGUAAUGACCUAUAUCAGUCAGUUUCCCAAUGCAAAACUCAAAGAAGGAGCACCCCUACGACCGAGAACCAAUCCAUCACAGGUCCGUGCCUUUGGGCCUGGUUUGGAAGAAACUGGAAAUAUCGUCGGAGAGCGAUCCUGCUUCACAGUGGAAACGUUUUAUGCAGGUCGCGGUAGCCUAGAUGUUCUCGUUAUCAAUCCAAAAGGCACAAAGGAUGCGUGCGAUGUCGUGGCAAACAAUGAUAAGCUUCUAUCGUACUCCUGUUGUUAUGAACCGCGCAUGGAAGGCGAGCACAGAAUCAUCAUCAAGUUCGCUGGUCGAGAAAUCCCCAAUUCACCCUUCCGUAUUUUCGUGGAAGGCGCAGCCGGAGAUCCGUCCAAAGUUGUUGUCAAUGGUCCCGGCGUCGAUAAAAACGACGAACAUUUUGUCGGACGUCGAACAUAUUUUACCGUGAAUGCUCGAGAUGCCGGCAAUGGUCUCGUGCAAUGCACAAUCGUCGAUCCAAACUCGCGCCAAGACGUAGUGAAAGCGCAUAUCACACAACCCAGUGGAGAUGCCGUUUACCGCGUGGAAUACACACCAAAAGAGCCUGGCGUUCACCAGAUUCUCGUUACCUUUGGUGGAACAAAGCUUCCAAACUCACCAUACUUCAUACAUGUAUCUCCUGAAUUCCACCCCGAAUUGGCGUACACUACCGGUAGGGGGGUUCAGGCUCGCGGUAUCCGGGCUCAAGACAAGGUCCAUUUCAACGUGCACACUGAAAAGUGUGGUGGAGAUGCCUCCGUCCAAGCCAACAUGACCCGUGCAGAUGGUGAAGCCGAAAAGGUAUCUGUGGAACUGGUGGAAAAAGACCUUUGGAGAUGCUCUUACAUUCCUCAACGCCCCGGUAAAUAUCUACUGCGUGUACUUUACGGUGGUGAAGAUGUUCAGAACAGUCCUUUCGAGAUCGUCGUCGGUCCUUACAAAAAAUCCACCAUCAAAGCAUUCGGUUCUGGGUUGACUGCUGGAACGGUUAAUAAUCCCAACAUAUUCACCGUCUUCUGUCAGGAGCAAAGCAGCAAAAUUAGCUUUUCAAUUGAAGGACCGAGUGAGGCCCGCAUGGAUUGCUUCAACAAUGGCGAUGGAACUGCCCGUGUUACUUAUUUGGUUAGUCAACCAGGGGAGUAUGCAGUUCACAUCAUGUACGGCGGUGAAGACAUAUCCGACUCACCUUUCAUGCCGAUUAUCUAUCCCGAUGAAGGGAACAUAAAUGCGGACCGGGUGCGUAUUCACGGUCCCGGUGUAGACAAAUCAAGAUCUGUUCUUUUUGCCGGAAGGCCUGUGGAAUUCUACGUCGAUGGUCUCGCAGACGCCCUUCCAUCAGAAACGUAUAAAGCUCUCCGUGAAUCCAAUCUGGAGUCAAUCCUUUGCAUCCAAUGUGCUGAUUACUUAGGUGAUCCUGUGCCCGUAUCCUACCGCCUUCGGCCUGACGGCUCAGUUGUUUAUUCAUACACUCCGAAGAAAUCAGGAGUCCACACUGUAUCUGCCACAGUAGGAAAUAUCCCUAUCAAAGGCACUCCGUUUCGGGUCAACUUCAUUCCUGAGAUUCAGCCUGAUCGAAUUAAGCUCUGGGGUCCUGGCCUGAGUGCGAGCAUGCAAAAUCAACCUACGUUCUUCUUCGCUAAUCUUCGCGAUAUCUCUUCCGAGUAUGAGAUGGGCGACUCGGAUUUGACAGAGCUUUUGACUUUCCAAAUUUCUGACAAUCUGAGAGGCUCCAUCCCCGCUAAGGUUUCCAGACAACCAGAUGGAACAUUCCGCGUGGAUUACACCCCGGCCGCGGGGAGCUCAGCAGUUUAUGUUUCCCCGGUGUUCGGCGGCUCACCUACUCUGAAAAGUCCCGUGUGCGUUCCCGUCCAUCCGUCAGUCGAUAUGCAGAAAAUUAAAGUCACCGCGUUUGAUUCGAGAGUCUUCAAAGCCUCGUAUGUCAAAUUCACGGUCGACGCUUCGGCGAUUGAUCCAACCGGAAAAGGUGAUGUGACCGCUGUUGUCGUUUCGCCGAAUAACGAACAAAUGGCAUGCCAAGUCAAAAAUGGUAUGGACGGUACUUAUGUGUGCAAUUAUACUCCACUUGAGGAGGGUGUUCAUCAUAUCGAAGUAUACUAUAAUGGUAUUCCUGUACCUGGGAGUCCUUUCUCUGUGCGUGUCAGUUCCGGAUGCGAUCCGAGCCGCGUGAAAGCCUUUGGCCCCGGUUUGGAGGAUGGACCUCACCUAAUUCCUGGUGCACGGGCGGAAUUCACAGUUGACCUCACUGGUGCUGGUCAGGGCGGUUUGGGUUUGGCGGUGGAGGGUGCUAGUGAAGCGCCUAUCGAAUGUCGCGAUAACCGCGAUGGCACAUGUACCGUCUACUACACGCCCACAGAGCCGGGGGCUUAUUCCGUAUUCGUCCGCUUCAAUGACGAAGAUGUUCCAAAUAGUCCUUUCCGUGUAAACGUGCGUGCCAAGAUUGACCCCAACCGGGUACAAUGCUAUGGGCCGGGCCUAGAAUCAGACACGUUACGCGCCGGCUAUCCUGCAUAUUUCACCGUUGACACGAAGGAAGCUGGAGACGCGCGUCUGCAGGUCAAGUACACCCCGAAACCGGGAAAAGAAUUGCGUCCGGCUCAAAUACAGCCUUUAGGAAGCACUUUGGACAAAGACCGUUCGCAGCAACAUCACUAUCACAAAGUGACUUACACUCCGGAAGCGGAGGGUAUUUGUCAAAUUGAAGUUCUUUUCGAUGGCAAGCACGUACCCGGUUCUCCGUUUUCCGUCCGAAUACGCAAAUCUUGUGAGCCGGAACGUGUGCGAGUUCUUGGCCCUGGUGUUGAAGGACCUGUAUUAGCCAGUUUGCCCGCAACAUUCACGGUCGAUGCACGAGAGGCCGGUGUUGGCGAUCUGACAUUGGGCUUGACCGAUCCAAAAGGUCAAUCGGUUCCAAUCCGAGUUGUCCCUCUGUUUGUCGACAGCGAGUCUGUGGCCACCAAUGGCAUGGUUCCCUCUGUCACCAGUUUGGCGUCGGGUGAUGUCAGCGAGACUGGUCUGCUAUCCUGCACCUAUGAACCAUACAUGGUUGGACCGCACAAAAUCCACAUCAUGUUCGCCGGAGUGGAAACAGAGCCUAGCCCAUUCACUGUGCAGAGUAUCCCCACUGGCAGAGCUGAUCUCUGCGAAAUUAAAGAUACCGUCAAGGAGGCUAUCCAAGUGGGCGUUGAGCACAUGAUUCUGGUGGACACUGCAAUGGGUGGUAAAGGUCGACUGACCUGUCAGGUCGUGCAGCCACCUACAAAACCCGGAGCCUCUGCCACAUUCCUUCCUGUGGAGACGGAGGACAACAAAGACGGAACCACAAGUGUGUGCUACACACCGAAACAAACUGGACGGAUAAGCGUAGAGCUACGGUAUGGCGGCAACCUAAUUCCGAACGGCGAGUUCACACAAGAGGUUGUCACUGCCGAAGAAAUGCGGUCAAGAUUUAAACCGGUCGCUAUCUAUAGGCCUGUCGAAUUUCGACUUCCGGCGCCUCGCGGAGACGCUGAGCUCGAAAGUGUUGUCAUCCGACCAUCUGGCGUCCAACAGCAUGUGGCCCACACGUUGAAUGAUGAUGACACCAUUACUAUCACGUAUGAACCGAUGGAACAAGGCAUGCACGAGUUGCAUGUGAACAGUUUCUCAGCGGUGAAAUCGGGUGAUGUUCGCAGCAGCACAGUGGCGAUGCCGUUGCAAGGUAGUCCGUAUCGCUUCUACGUCGACAGUUUGGCCACUGGAUACGUGACUGCUUACGGACCAGGUCUGAGCCACGGCGUCGUGAACCAACCGGCAGAGUUCACUAUUGCCGCCAAAGAAGCUGGAGGUGGUGGUCUGUCGCUUUCCGUGGAGGGCCCAUCAAAAGCCGAGAUACGCUGCGUAGAAAACAGUGACAAGACAUGUAGCGUGAGUUACCUCCCUUUGGCCCCUGGAAAAUACACAAUAUCAAUCAAAUUCCUUGAUCAACACAUUCCCGGCUCCCCGUUUGUGGCCAAGAUUACGGGGGACGUGUUUAACCGCGCUCAGUUAAACAUGGGGUCGCCUAAUGACAUCACACUGGAUGACUUCGGUGAUGAUAUUGCGUCUUUGACAGCCACCGUCCGUUCCCCAUCCGGCCGCGAAGAUUCAUGCAUUCUAAAGCGACUUCCCAAAAAUCGUCUCGGGAUCUCAUUCACACCUAAGGAGAUUGGGGAACAUGUGAUUAGUGUCUUCCAAAGAGGUCAACACAUUCCAAAUAGUCCAUUCUACAUCAGUAUUUCUCAGAAAGAAAUCGGUGACGCACGAAAGGUGCGUGUCUUCGGUCCUGGUUUAAAAGGAGGCAGAACUAAUCAACCGAACCAUUUCACAGUGGAUACCCGAGAUGCAGGUUAUGCUGGAUUGGGUCUGUCAAUCGAAGGCCCAAGUAAGGCAGAAAUCGAAUGCCAGGAUAAGCAAGACGGCACCUGUUCUGUGACCUAUGUGCCCACUGAGCCCGGUCCCUACGUUAUCAAUGUGAAAUACGCAGAUGCACAUGUUCCCAAUAGUCCUUUUUAUGUGGAAAUCGAUGGUGAGCCUUCGACACGGAUUACGGAACGAAUUACCCAGCGUCAGGAAGCAUCCUCCAUCACCACAGUUGGCAGCCGUUGCGAGCUCAGUUUACAAGUUGCAGACACCAAUCUUGCGGAUUUGAAGGCUUCGGUUGUGGCUCCGUCUGGACGAUCCACUCCUUGUGAAGUGAUUCCCAUCGGCUCGGGUCACUUUAGCAUCAAAUUCGUACCCCAGGAGUUGGGUGAACAUUUGGUCAUUGUGAAGCACAAAGGACUCGAUGUAGCUGGUAGCCCCUUUCAAUUUACCGUGGGUCCUAUCACCGAUGGGAUGGCCCAUAAAGUGCGUGUAAUGGGCCCUGGAUUACAGCAAGGGUUUACGAAUGUUUCAAAUGAGUUCACCAUUUACACCAGGGAAGCAGGUGCUGGAACUCUAGCUGUCGCUAUUGAGGGUCCAAGCAAGGCCGAUAUAGACUGUCGGGAAAGAUCAGAUGGGUCCUCACGUGUAUCCUACAGAGUUUCACUCCCUGGGGUAUACACCUGCUCGCUAAAAUUCAACGAUGAACACAUACCAUUUUCUCCAUUCCGCAUUGAUGUUGCGGACUCCGACGUCGUUGGUCGUGUGGCUUCCUACACGGUACCGUCAUACUCGGCUAAUUCCCCUACGCGCAAGUAUAUUAUUCCUCACGAAACCGAAGAAUUCAGUCCACAGGCGAACAAGCCCAUUUCCUUUACUGUGCAUCAUCAAUUGGCUGAUGGAGAUGCCCUCAGAGCCCAAAUUCAAGCACCAUCUGGAGCAAUGGAAGAUGCUACUAUUCAGUCCAAAGGACGUGGGCAAUACGCUGUCCGGUUCGUGCCUAAAGAAGUUGGACCCCACUUUGUGCACGUCCAUGCUGUGCCGCGCGAAUUAGUCGGACGAGCUGAUCUUCCUUUGGGCCCCACCUCGCCAUAUUCUCCUAUCCAAGGAUCUCCAUUCCGCGUCAUCAUCAAUCAUCAUACAGCGGACCCAGGAAUGGUUUACGCUACCGGGGACGGCCUGCGUAGAGGGAAAGUCGGUCAGAAGAAUGUGUUCUUUGUUAACACGUCAGCUGCUGGAAGCGGAGUUCUCAACGUAACAGUUGACGGACCAAGCAAGGUUCUACUUGAGUCGCAGGAGGAGAAGGAUGGUUACGCGUUCAGUUACAUAACAAGCGUUCCUGGCGUGUAUCAGAUUUCCGUCAAAUAUGGAGGCGAUUUUCACAUUUCGGGAUCACCGUACAAAAUUUUCCUCCUUUGGACGAUUGAUGGACUCAUUUCGUUCACCAUUUAUCUGCUCAUCCCAACUUUAAGGUCGAAAUCACUGGUACUCCAGAAUCAGUCACUUCUAGCCGCAUCACAGAACAGAGAUCAGAAGUUGAGGUGGAGACUUUGACCACCAGGUCUUCCAAAUCGCACGAUUAUUACACAUCAGCACGCGCUGAUCGCGUCAUUUGCCAAGGCACGGGACUGCAGCAUGCUGAAGUCCAGAACGUCAACUGCUUCCAAGUGGAUACUUCUUCCGCAGGACCAGGCGUUUUGUUGGUUGGUAUAUGCGGUCCCACGCGUCCUUUUGAGGAGGUCAAGGUGAAGCACUUGGGAGACAAUCAAUACUACGUUUCCUACCGCGUCAACCAAUCUGGAAGACAUGUGCUUAUUGUCAAAUGGGGAGAUCAACAUGUCCCUGGUAGCCCGUUCAUUCUCAACGUUCCAUGAUUUGAUCCUCACACUAAGAUUCUGCCCAGUUUAGUCACGUGGCGUCCCAACUCGUGGGUGCAAGUUUCACAUCUCUUCUCUGUGCAAACACCACUGCUCUCUGUCGCCGCACCUACGUUCGCUUCUUUGUAUUUUCCUCACAAGUGACCCCAAUUUUGUAAGUACGCUGGUCUCUGCUAACUCUCUGAGCCAGCUUUUUGCCAACUCCAAUAAAGGGAAACCGAUCAUUGCGUUUGUUGGAAUUUUCGUGCAAAUUUUUCUACCUUUGCGAUGCCUGAUCAUCAACAGUUCAUCCAUUUGUUUAUACACAUGCUUUUUUUCGUACUAUUUGUUGCUGCCACGACCAAUCCCUUCCUCCUGUCUUCCGUUUUCCUAUCACCACCACCACCACUUAAUUAUCUGCGGUGCUGCAAUGUACGUCUUCCGGAACCAUAGCGUUGCAAUUCUUUUGCCACCGCGCGUAUUUCAGAUCCUUUGCAUAUAAUGGGACUUUGUGGCUUUCCAAGAUAACGAUCAUCUAUGCUAAUCCAUUUGCCUUGAUUCUGCUCCUCUUACAUGCGCUUCCCGAUUCCCCCCAAUAUGGCUUGCAUCUUUUUGAUUUUUCAUCAUCCCCACAAUACAGUUUAUAUUUUUUCGAGCUGGUUGCCGCAAGUAGAUACGCAUGUGUCUCGUUGGUGUCUGCCCAAAUUCAUUAUU